UCCCCGCGUCCCGACCCCGCUCUCCAGAGGCAGCGGGCCACGUGCUCCCGAGAAAACGGGACCCGGGGUUAGUCCAGGCUUCUUCCGCCACACCCCCGGGGUGUUGAGCAGGGCUCCGACUCUCGUGGCCGGACCGCGGGGAAGCCACGCAACAGGAGCCUUACAGGAGAAGCCUGAGAAACAGCGGAGUGGCUCCUCUCUGAGGAGGGGCAGAGGAGAUGGGGAGCGGAAUCAGUGCUGAGGACAGAGAACUGGCCAAGAGGUCCAAGGAGCUGGAGAAGAAGCUACAGGAGGAUGCUGACAAGGAGGCCAAGACCGUCAAGCUGCUGCUGCUGGGAGCUGGGGAGUCAGGAAAGAGCACUAUCGUCAAACAAAUGAAGAUCAUUCACCAGGACGGCUAUUCACCAGAAGAAUGCCUGGAGUUCAAGUCUGUCAUCUAUGGAAAUGUGUUGCAAUCCAUCCUGGCUAUCAUUCGCGCCAUGUCCACACUGGGCAUUGACUACGCUGAGCCAAGUUGUGCGGAUUAUGGCCGGCAGCUCAACAACCUGGCUGACUCUACCGAAGAGGGGACAAUGCCUCCAGAGCUCGUAGAGGUCAUCAGGAAGCUGUGGAAGGAUGGCGGAGUGCAAGCUUGCUUUGACAGAGCUGCGGAGUACCAGCUCAAUGACUCGGCAUCUUACUACCUGAACCAGUUAGACCGGAUCACAGACCCUGAUUUCCUCCCUAAUGAGCAAGAUGUGCUUCGGUCCAGAGUCAAAACCACAGGCAUCAUUGAAACCAAGUUUUCUGUCAAAGACUUGAAUUUUAGGAUGUUUGAUGUGGGAGGACAGAGGUCAGAGAGAAAGAAGUGGAUCCACUGCUUUGAGGGAGUAACCUGCAUCAUUUUCUGCGCUGCUCUCAGUGCCUACGACAUGGUGCUGGUGGAAGAUGACGAGGUGAAUCGCAUGCAUGAGUCUUUGCACCUGUUCAACAGCAUAUGUAAUCACAAGUUCUUUGCUGCCACUUCCAUUGUUCUCUUUCUCAACAAGAAGGACCUCUUCGAGGAGAAAAUCAAGAAAGUCCAUCUCAGUAUUUGUUUUCCAGAGUACGAUGGGAACAACUCCUAUGAGGACGCAGGGAAUUAUAUCAAGAGCCAGUUCCUUGACCUUAAUAUGAGAAAAGAUGUCAAAGAAAUCUACAGUCACAUGACCUGUGCCACAGACACACAGAAUGUCAAAUUUGUGUUUGAUGCAGUUACAGAUAUUAUCAUCAAAGAAAACCUCAAGGACUGUGGGCUCUUCUAAUCCUCACCAUUCCUCAGGUAUCCAUUCUAUAAACAGGCCUAGAAUCUGAGUAAGUUCAUGCAGAAAGUUACAGGUCAUUAUUCCCCAUGACAUGAAGAAGGACUCCACUGGAGAUAGAGAAGGCAUGGUUGCAACUGUUUUCCCAGUCUGACAGUCUGCAGUCCAGUUUAGAGUAUAAGGCUAAGACUCCUAAGACCCAGGUUCCAGUACUUGUUCUGCUUAAUAUGAAUACUUCCUUCCUCUGAACCACAAGUCCCUUGUCUAUAAACUGAAGAUGGGUUAUUCUACAGAGGUCACAUGAUGGAAGGGAAGACACACAAAAGCCAUUGUGGCUGGGUGUGGUGGUGCAUACCUUUAAUCUCAGCACUCGGGAGGCAGGGGUAGAUGGAUCACCAUGAGUU